GAACUUUUAAUUUGCUAAAAACAACUCAAAUGUGUUGAUGCAAAUUUAAAUGUUACUAAGUUACGUAGGAAAGCAAUCGGAAAGGUAAAAAUUCAGUGAACGUACAUUUAGGUUAUAAUUUCGCUCAAGUCCUUGGUCUCGCCUGGUUUUCUGUCCUAUUUUCAGUGUAUUUACCAGUGAAUGACUUGAAAUAACUGUGGUAAAUAUCAGCUUGGAAAAAAAGCGUAAAUUGUCUUGAUUUUUAGCGGAGUUACACGUUCACGACACGAUCGAGAUACAAUUCCCAAGAAUUUUUGCUUAAACGAGGAUCUACAUAAACACUGAAGAUUGGAUCCAAGACUCCAUUUAUUCAAGUACACUCACAGAUGCACUGAGAAGUUUCUGGGGAAUAUUUACAGAACUCACAACAAUCAAAGCAAUCUGUCGUUGUCGAGAUGGGAAUCAUUUUCGAAAUUCUGAAGCACUGUGUCAGCAAAGAAAAAAGAAGAUUCACAGAUGAUGGAUUUGACCUUGAUCUAACUUAUAUUAAACCAAAUAUAGUGGCAAUGGGUUUUCCAUCAGAUAAUCUUGAAGGAGUGUAUAGAAAUCACAUUGAUGAGGUCCUAAGAUUUCUGGAAACAAGGCAUAAAGAUCACUACAAGGUUUACAAUUUAUGUUCUGAAAGAAACUAUGAUCCAAUCAAGUUUAAAAACAGAGUUGCCACCUACCCAUUUGACGACCACAAUGCACCUCCAUUUGAGCUGAUUGAGCCAUUUUGUGUUGAUGUGCAUGAAUUUCUGAAUGAGAGUGAGCAGAAUGUAGCUUUUAUUCACUGCAAAGCUGGCAAGGGCCGGACAGGAGUUAUGAUAUGUGCAUAUUUGCUUCACAAUAAACAUUUUUUUGAGAGUGAUGGGGCACUAAAGUAUUAUGGAGAAGCAAGAACAAGAAAUGCAAAAGGUGUAACAAUUCCCAGUCAAAGGAGAUAUGUUCUUUACUACAAUCAUCUUCUUACACAUGGACUGGAGUAUACUCGCACAAUGGUAUUACUGAAGAAAAUUGAGAUGCUUUCUGAUCAAACCCUCUUAAACACCUUUAAUCCAUAUUACAUCAUUUGGCAACAGAAGGUGAACCUUUAUCAGUCUAAAGUUACUGAGGGAAGGAAAUGUGACAAAGGAUUUAUGUUUGAGCCGAGUCAACCAAUUCCAAUUUGUGGUGACAUCAAGAUCGAAUUCUUCCAUAAAGACAUGUUUAAAAAGGAGAGACUUUUCCAGUUUUGGUUUAACACAUUCUUCAUAAGUCAAGCUGCUUGGACAGAGGAAAUCCAGGAAGAUGAGCCAACUCUUCAUACGUUUGAACUUGAUCCUAAUCUACGCUAUUUUGACAUUGGAAAGGAUAAUCUUGACAAGGCACACAAAGAUGCCAAAGAGAAGAUGUUUAAGUCAGAUUUUAGGAUUCGUGUCACAUUUUCAGAAGUCACAAUGAUGCGGGUAGCAAGUGUAGAAAGUGCAGCAAGUGCAGCAAGUGCAUCAGUUUCAUCAAUUGCAUCAAGUGCAUCAUUGCCUAGGAAACAUGUACGGGGGUUAUCAUCAAGGACCUCGAAAAGUCGCUCUAUGGAUUCACUAGAAACUGUUGGUCAGGAAAAUGCAGAGGAUGACUUUUCAGACUCUGACACUGAGGUGAAGUGGGAUUUAGAAGACCAAAGGAGCUCUGUAGUUGAAUAUGUUUAAAAAAUAGAAAUCUGGUAGUUCUGAGGAAAUUUCUAGGACCAUAAAUUAUAAUUUUUGUAAUAAAUAGGCCAGUAUGACUUUGUUUUGGCAGUAUUAGGUGAGUUUAAUGUACUUGUACAUUGUUUGAAAUAUAGCAAUUCAAAACUACAUGUUAUGUGAGUAGAUACAGUACUUCAUCAGGAUGCCUGUACAUAUAUUCUAACUCUGAAUCUCUUACGGAUAGAAAUAAUAUUGUUUUUGUGCGAUACUGGUUGGAUUUAGUACCCUGUUUCCAAAAGGUCCUUUACUGUUCACUUUCGAUCAUUUGGUGGCCAGUGGAAAGGAGAAAAUUUUGGCAGCAUAAUUUACUAAUUUGGUGACUUGAUUGACUACAAUAACAUGCUUGUCUGGUAGUUAUUCCUAUGGUCACCAAAAGGUUUGCUUUUUACAUUUGUUAUUGCUUGUUUUCAUGGAAACUUGGCUAUGUGAAAAAGAAAUAGAUAUAUUUUGUCAUGUUAAAUGUUGUGACUUUGUUUAUAAAAAUUAUUUUGAAGGAACUUGAUUUCACCAAAAAAAAAAAAAGAUGUGAAGAGCUGAUCCACGUGAAAAAACUAAGGCAGCAAAAUUUUAUCAUGUUAUUUUGGAGUAAAGUAUUCAACAGUGCUGUAUCUGUAAACUGUGAUUACAAGAUAGAUUUAUUUUAAAAAUUUAUCUCUUUUUUACAUUGAAAGUAUAACUUGGUUUAUAGAAGCUCUUGAAACAGACUGCAGAGUCAGUUUCUUUUUGUAAUCAUAAAAAACAUGUAUCAAAACAUUUAGUAUUCUUAUGAAUUCAUCUUUGUAAGAUUUUCCUUCAUCUUUUUAUGUUUUGUUUUUGUAAAUGAUCAAAUGUCAGGUGGCAUUGAAAUAAGUACUGAUAAAUAGUUUUUUUCAUAUAAUUAAAGUAAUUGAAUUGGACCAUUUUGUACAUCUCAGUAAAAGGAAAAUAUAUAGUUUGUUUAUUUGUGUGCCUAUGCAACAUUUACUGGACAAAAAUGUAAAUUAUUUGUUGGAGAUCACUUUUCAUACUUACAUUCCAAGGGUGGAUCCAGGAUUUAGUGAAGGUGGAUUUGGAUAAAUGUCUACUGAAAGGUGGAGAAUUCCAGGGUGAAGGUGUUAAAAAAGUUAUGAAGUGUUUUAAGGGAUAAUUGCAGAAAAAAAAAACUGAGGAAUAUGCAUGUGUAUCAAUGUUUUUCAGGUCAGUGUUGGGGGGUGUUACCAAACCACCUAAACCACCUCUGGAUCUGUCCCAGCAUUCUAGGCAUGAGUGUAAAUCUCAGUGCAACUGUUUUCUUUAUCCUCUAUCUGGUACAGCUGAAGGUUCCAAUAUUACACUUUUAAUCAAAAUGAUAAUGACCAUUCCCCAAGGCUUAGUGGCCACCAAAAAGGAUAAUCCUUUACUAAAAGGGAAUGAAAAAGUGUAGUUUCCUAAAUGGUUUAUUCCAUAAUUAGCUCACUCUCAGUCUGUGAUUUUAGACUUGUCUCAUGAGGAGAAUUUUACAAAAGCAUUACGGAGUUUUUUUUUUCUUCUUAUUUUUUUGGAUACCCCAAUUAGCUUCUAAAGUGGCAAAGAUUUCAAUGUGCAUUGAAUAUCAAUAAAAUAUUUGCAAUGUUCCUAUGAUGGGGUCACCAAAAAGCAAAUAGGUGUCUCAAAAGAAGAUGAAACUCUUGAAAAGUUUUCAAGAUUUCAAUUGUCAUUGGAUAUGUGUUAUGCCUUUAUUUUCAUCUAUUAGUUGAGGUGUAAAUAAUUGAGUGAAUAAUAUGUAAAUACCUCAUCUUCAGUUAGCCUACCAGCAGGCACUCAUUAUUAGGUUGAGACCUUGACCACAGCCAGCAAAGAAUCUGGUACUUCUAGUGCAAUAUCUCUCACAGACCUUUCCCAGCUCACCACAAACUUUUUAACCAUUUAACUCCCAGAUCAAACUUGUAAUUCUUCUCACUGUCGGUCAUACAAUUCUUAUAAUGUUAAUUCAGAGAAUUUAGUAUUGGAUCAACUAGUUAUCUCCAAAUUGAUAGUUUUCUUUAUUCUCACUACUUAUCUGCUUGAUAAUGUAUUGAUCUUGUAAGGAGAAAUUCUGUCUUGAACACUCAUGGGAGUUAAAAGGUUAAAAGGCAAAGAAAUGCUUGUCUCACAGUGUUAGUCAUGAUGACCUUCUUGUUGGCUAUUCCUAAUUUUUUCGAUGGAAAUCCUUUGGAAAACAAUCAGAGAUUUUUUUUGAUAUGAUAACAAAUUCUGAGCAGUAUAUUAGUAAGGUUUGAUUGCUAGCCAGUGAGAUGUAGCUGUCAGAUCUGAAACUAUUUAAAUUUUACUCUCACUAGGUAGCCAUUGUCUUGCUAUUAUUUUUAAAUAAAAAGUCAAUGAAAGAAACAUGCUUAACCAUUAAGUUUCUUUCAAAAUAGAUAUUAUGUUGUUGUACAUCCCAUUGCAACACGUUUUUGGCAAAAUACAAAUAUAGUUGAAUUAUAUUGCCAAUUAUUUUUGCAGCUAUUUUUGUAUGUCAGAGGUUGUUUAUGAAAGUGUUGUUUGAAAAGGUUUGAUUUGCUGUUUUCUAGCUUGAACUUUAACUACUUUGUAGGCACAAGUGAUUUUUUUCAAUGAUAUAUGUUAAAUUUUACUGCAUGGUUAGGUUUCACUUCAACUGCUAGGGGCAUGAACCUUGGUAUGAAAGUGUUGUUUGAAAAGGUUCAACUUGCUGUUUUCUAGCUUGAACUUAAAUUACUUUGUAGGCACAAGUGAUUUUUUCAAUGAUAUAUGUUCAAUUUCAAUGUAUGGGGAGUUUUCACCUCAAUUACCAGAGCAAUGAACCUUGCCCCACCCCUAGCCCCCCCUCCCUCCCCCUCAUCAAACCUCUUUGUGGAUUUAGUACUUUAAUUUUAAAAAUGUUUCAUCUUGACUUUCUUUAUUUAAACUCCACCCCAUUGCAUAAAAGAGAAAAAGAAAACAAGAAAUUUCUGAUGUUAGAAUGUGGUAUAGUUUCUAGUGAAAUAAGUAUGCAUUGUGCCUUGUUUGCAUCAUGGCUUUCCUCAGGACAGCUCUUAUUGAAUUAUGUGAAUAAACAGACUGACUGAGUAACAAUUGAUUGUUUUCUGAACUGAUCAUCAAUAAAACUAACCAAAUUGUUUUUGCAAUGUUGGUCUGGCUCUCUAUAUAGUUAUCGAACUUUACUUAGACCCAUUAGUCGGCAGGAAUUUCUAUCCAAGCAAAAUGUCAUGUAUCAUUCAGCUGUAUUUUAGAAUUAUCCUUAAUAACUUAACAAAAAAUUAUUCUAGAAUAGUAAAUACUAUUCCAGCAUUGACUUAUGUUGCCAUAUGUGAUAUUUUUGAUAAGCUGUAACCACAAUCAGAAUAAAGGCGUGUAAUCAAAUUCAA